AUGGCCAAGACUCCUGAGGAAGCCAAAACUGCUGCGCCGUCCGGCGACGCUCCCGUGAAGCGCGGACGCGGUCGUCCCCCCAAGGACGGCGUCGCCAAGAAGAAGGCCUACGUGCCGUCGGGUAAGCCGAGAGGCCGGCCGCCGACGGGCAAGGCCAAGAAGCCGGCGUAUGUGCCGACCGGAAAGCCGCGUGGCCGCCCUAAGGGCAGCGGCAAGGCCGCCACGGCCACGGACACCACCACCAGCACUACCCCCAAGAAGACCGCCGCCACCACCCGCCGCGGAGGGCCCACGGCUUCGGCCGUCGCGACGCCCACUUCCGAAGGCAGUUUGGGGCGCGGCCGCCGCUCCCGCGCCUCCGAGGCGGCUGCGGAGCUGGAGACGCCUAGCGCGGCCAAGCGCGGAGGAAGGGGACGCGGCCGCAAGAGCAAUGCGGACGCGGCGGCCGAGGAGCAGCUGGCUCAGGAGGACCAGGAGGCCAAGGAGGACCAGGAGGCCAAACCCGAUGACGCCGAGGAGGAGGAGGAUGCCGACGCCGACGCCGACAUGGACGCGGAUGCCGAGGAGGGCGACGUCGAUGCGGAGUAG